UGGGCUUGCAGCAAGGUGGGGCCAAGGUGCUGGAGAAGACGUUCGAGGAGUGGAUGCGGUACCGUGACGAGUGCCUGAGAAGGAUGGCGAGCGAGCCCUACCCAGCAGGGCUUUUCUGCAACCGGACGUUCGACAUGUAUGCCUGCUGGCCCGAUGGGACCCCCGGCAUCACCGUCAACAUCUCCUGCCCCUUUUACCUGCCCUGGUUUGAGAAAGUGAAGCAUGGGCUGGUGAGCCGCAGGUGCGGUGCUGACGGGCAGUGGGUGACGGUGAAUGGCAGCCAGCCCUGGCGUGACUACUCACAGUGCGAGGAGGAGACGGAGGCCACCGUGGAGGAGGAGGGUGCCCGCAGGCUGAUGGUGAGCUUCAGGGUGCUCUACACCGUGGGGUACUCGCUGUCGCUCCUCACCCUUGUCUCUGCCCUGCUCGUCCUCACCGUAUUCAGGAAGCUCCGCUGCACCAGAAACUACAUCCACGCCAACCUCUUUGCCUCCUUCGGGCUGCGAGCGACCUCAGUGAUGGUGAAGGACGCGCUGCUGGAGAGGCGCUGGGGCAUGGAGCUGGUGCGGGUGGCUGACUGGGAGGCUCUGCUGAGCCAUGAGGCAGCGCUGGGCUGCCGGGCUGCGCAGGUGCUGAUGCAGUAUUGCAUCCUGGCCAACCACUACUGGUUCCUGGUGGAAGCCGUUUACCUCUACAAGCUGCUCAUCGGGGCUGUCUUCUCUGAGAAGAAUUACUACAGGCUCUACCUCUACCUGGGCUGGGGGACCCCCGUGGUGUUUGUCGUGCCCUGGGUGGCCGCCAAGUAUCUGAAGGAGAAUGCGGAGUGCUGGGCGCUGAAUGAGAACAUGGCUUACUGGUGGAUCAUCCGCAUCCCCAUCCUGCUCGCCUCCCUGAUCAACCUGCUGAUCUUCAUGCGGAUCCUCAAGGUGAUCCUGGCCAAGCUCCGGGCCAACCAGAAGGGCUACGCAGACUACAAGCUGCGGCUGGCCAAAGCCACACUCACCCUCAUCCCCCUCUUUGGGAUCCAUGAGGUUGUCUUCAUCUUCGCCACUGACGAGCAAACCACAGGCAUCCUGCGCUACAUCAAGGUGUUCUACUCAACUCCUUCCAGGGCUUCCUUGUGGCUGUGCUCUACUGUUUUGCCAACAAGGAGGUGAAGUCAGAGAUGAAGAAGAAGUGGCAGCUCUGGAAGCUCGACCACCCGGUGCUCUGCUGCGCCCAGUG